AUGGCGUGCAGCUGCAGCGCCAAGGCGCAGCUGGCCGCGCUGCUCCUCGCGCUCUUCGGCUGGGUCUCGUCCUGCGUCACCACCUUCGUGCCGCUCUGGAAGAACCUCAACCUGGACUUGAACGAGCUGGAGAUCUGGAACAUGGGGCUCUGGCAGGUGUGCAUCAUCCAGGAGGAAGGCGCCAUGGAGUGCAAGGCGCACGAGUCCUUCCUGGCGCUGCCGCCCGAGCUGCGGGCAGCGCGGCUGCUCCUCUCUGUCACUGUGGCACAAUUGUGCCGGAGACGAACCGGAGAGCUCGGCCUGGCUCCCGGCCCCGCCGCUAUUUGCUCUCGCCUCUCCCGGAGGAAGAGCCCUGUGUAUUUUCCUUCGCCCGUUGCACGGCUAAAAGCCAACGCGUGUUUGCUCUGCUCUUUUCGGGGGCUGCGGGACGGCCUGGAGAGCGGCCGCAACGGAGGCACCUUCUGA